GUUUUCUGGCUGUUAUGUACCGAGUGAUGUGCCUCGCCAAUCAAGUCUCUGUCACCAUUUUGCACAGAUAAUGCGCGCGGACAUGGUGUGGGCACGGAGCACUGCGCACGCGAGCUGUGCAGCCGACGGCACCAGCGGCCAGCACGCCAGCCGCCGCUCGUGUCCACGUUGCGGCGCACACCAAGCGGUGAGAGUCAGGGAUCACGGCGAGCGACAGCGUGGUAGGCGUCCGACGACGUGCGUAGCCAACAGAGACGCAGAUGCAGUGCCUUGCCGAGCUUCCGGUCCGAAGUCUAGGCUUCGAGUUCCAGCACCAAAUGGGAGUCUGACUGUGCGGCGCGCGCGUGUACGGCGCACGAGCGCAUCCGCGAUGCCGCACCGCUCGGCUGAGACCGCUCAGUAAGGCAGCCUCGCCUUGCGUUCAACGCCGCAAUCUGCAGCACAUAGAAGGGGCCUGCCUGGGACAGUCUCUGUCCCUGUCCCUGGGCUCACUGAUGCAGAAGUGGCAUCGCCCAAGACAACAAUCAAGCACGAUGCAUG